AUGGUUGGAUAUUUGAUAGGCUUUUUGGAAAGUGUUGGGGAGAUAAAAAGAAUAACUUGUAUAGGUGCUGGUUAUGUUGGUGGACCUACCAGUGCUAUGAUAGCCUUUAAAUGCUCUGAUAUAACAGUUACUGUAGUUGAUAUGAAUCAAGAGAAAAUAGACCAGUGGAAUUCUGAUAAUUUACCGAUAUAUGAGCCAGGUCUAGACGAAUUAAUAAACACUUGUCGAGGUCGAAAUUUAUUCUUUUCUAACGAUAUCCCCGCUGCGAUUCAAAGCGCUCAACUUAUUUUUAUUUCUGUCAACACUCCAACAAAGACUUAUGGGAGAGGAAAAGGAAUGGCUCCUGAUCUUUGUUAUAUGGAAUCUGUUUCGAGAACUAUAGCAGAGCAUGCAAACGGCCCAAAAAUUGUUGUUGAAAAGUCCACUGUUCCCGUUAAAGCUGCUGAAAGUAUUCGAUAUAUUUUACGGGAAGCAGAAAAAUUGGACACCAAACGUCUUUCCUUUCAAGUUCUUUCUAACCCUGAAUUCCUCGCUGAAGGAACUGCAAUGCAAGACCUGGCUAACCCUGACAGUAUUUAUGAGCGUUGGGUACCUCGUGAACGUGUAAUUACAAUGAAUACUUGGUCGUCAGAGCUUUCAAAAUUGGCUUCAAACGCUUUCCUGGCUCAACGCAUUUCAAGCAUAAAUUCAAUCUCAGCAAUUUGUGAGGCAACUGGUGCUGACGUAGGUGAAGUAGCCAAUGCCGUAGGAAAAGAUCAACGAAUUGGGGAUCGUUUUUUAAAUGCAAGUGUUGGUUUUGGUGGAAGUUGUUUUCAAAAAGACGUUUUGUCGUUAGUUUAUCUUUGUGAAGUUCUUCAUCUUAAACAAGUUGCUAAUUAUUGGAUGAAUGUAAUUGAUAUGAAUGAAUGGCAAAGACGUCGUUUUUCCGAUAAAAUAAUUGCAGAAUUAUUUAAUACAAUUACUGACAAGAAAAUUGCAAUUUUUGGUUUUGCUUUUAAAAAGAAUACUGGAGAUACUAGGCAAAUUUUUGAAAAAAAAUUUUUAAGUAGAAAAAAUUUUCAGAGGGUCCCCAGCAAUUUAUGUAACAAAACAUUUAAUUGA